AUGAAGACUGUUCAGCUCGCUCAAGAAAUCGAGAAACUGGCGUCCAAAGCUCCUUCCAAUGCUACUAUUGUUGAUCAACUUCAGCAGAUUCAACAUGAAACUGAACAGUUCAUGGAGAAUCUACUUAUCAUCCACUCAACUGAAGCCCCUUCACAAGCACUGGAGUUUACUCAAAAAAUUCAUAAGUGGAUGACUAACUUGACUUUAGACCUCAUCAAACAACAGAAAGUCUAUUCCAGAAUCAACCCAAAGGAAGUCAUCCUGAACACGAUGAAAUGUUUAAGCUAG